AUGUCGGGAUUCGUCCAUGACGCUAUCGUCCGCCACGCCUACGGCUUGGACCGCCGGUGGAACAUCAACCCAGACCAAACACCCGCCAUCUUGCGCACCGACCGUCGACCCAUGCGGGAACCUGCAACCGCCCGAUGGGGUCUGGACAUCAGCGCCGCAGAGCCGGACGGUGACAGGGCGACUUUCUGCACGGACGGCACUGGCGGCGCCAGAAUCGAGUCCAUCACCUCGGAACAGAAGCUCAGCGAGACUGCAACCGCCAGACAUACGGAGAAGCGGGCCAAGACGCUGGCCGCUUAUCUGUGCAGAAACUCAUGUGGGAUGUGCGCUGGAGAAGCUGCCUGCAUAUGA